CACAAAAUUUGUUAUAUUAAUGUGACUCCCUCACAUCUGUUUUGCGAUGUUAUCUGGGGUCAACAGAGACUUGAGUUCUUCAAGCUCUUCUGAUUGAAGAACUUGAGUUGAUAAUGCCUCUUUGAAUUGGUGAACUAACUUAGAAAAUGAGCCAGAAGUAGGCCAAUGAUGCAGUUCAGGCGACUCCACAGGCUAUUGCUCAGGAAGUAGCUAUGUUUGAUCAAACUCAAGCAAUAUUUCUGGAGAUAAUGCAGGCCUAAUGCUCUGUCCUGUUGACUCAGCCUACUGUGGGACUAGAGCCAGAAAUUUUGGACAAGUUGGUAUUGCAACCCCUAUCCAAGUCUCAGACGUGCCCAGUAACUCAUUGUGCACUUAUCGAUUACACACAACGAUGAGUAAUAUAGGGAAAGUACUAAUUUCUAUCAGCGAAUUGAACAGUGGCUCUAUUACAGUGCUGACAGGGAAGGAGGGCGAAGGUGAAUACACUUAUAGUAACAGAAUGGUAGAAGGAAAUGUCAGGAAUUUUACUAUGAAUGAAGACAAUAAUGUUUACAUUGUGUUCGUACCCUCAGCGGUGUCGAAUAAUGCAACUAUCAGACUUGCUUCUUUUGAAAAUUCGAUUAAGAUUUCUGGAAUUAUUUUAAUUCUGGUUGUUAUAGGAAGCAUUGGUUUUGGGGGAUUUCUUUGUAUCAUGUGUAUUUUGACAAGCCGCAAAACAUAUAAGAAAAUAAACCAACGUCGUAGGCUCCUUAGACUCCGUGCACUUCGUGCACGCAGAAGAAACCAACCUCGUGAACCCACGCUCCCAAAUUCAAUUCCAGUACCAGUCAUCGAACAACCUCCUCCAAUCACCCCGAUGCAAUUUUCCAUUGUUGACACCUCCAAACCUCUUUACUCUCCAGUUCCUCCAGCUCCAGUCUACGUUCAACCAUCCCUUUUGCCCAACCAGCCUGUCGCACUGUAUAGUGACCCACAGUACGCUAGAACAGAAUUGGGUCCAGGGAAUCAGUACAUGGUGGCUCCUGAUGCGAGCUUCCCUCCGAUGGCAGCACCUAUGGCACCAGGAGCAUACCAGUGGCAUCAGUAAGCAAAUCAGAGCCGUGCCUGAGGCUGGGUGGUGGCUGGAGGUUUUUGGAUUCUGAU